AUGGCUUUUCGAGCACGGUCGGGCGCUUUGAUGCGUCAGGGCCGCGGACUCCGCUCAUUCAUCGGUCGGAGUCGUGGUUUCGCGACUGUUACCGAUAAUACACGACCAUAUGAUGUUAUUGUGAUCGGUGGUGGGCAUGCUGGAGCCGAGGCAUGCGCUGCUGCUGCUCGUUCUGGUGCGCGCACUGCGUUGGUCACGCCCUCGCUGGAGAAUAUCGGUGUUUGCUCGUGCAAUCCCAGUUUCGGUGGAAUUGGAAAGGGAACGAUGAUCCGCGAGGUCGAUGCGAUGGACGGCGUUGCAGGACGUAUUAUUGAUAAAGCUGGUGUCAUGUUCCGGGUGUUGAACCGUUCUAAAGGACCUGCUGUUUGGGGACCGCGUGCGCAGAUCGAUCGCGAUCUCUACAAGCGAUAUAUGUCCGAGGAGCUGGCUGGAACGGAAAACUUGAGCAUUGUGGAGGGCAAGGUGGCUGAUAUUGUGCUCUCCACGGAAGGCAUUGAGAACACCCCUGGUGCUCAGGGCAAGAUUGUUGGAGUGCGGUUGGAGUCUGGGGAGGUCAUUCCUACCGGCCGUGUCGUUAUCACAACGGGUACUUUCCUGGGUGGUGAAAUUCAUAUUGGAAUGGAGGCGUACCCCUCGGGACGCAUGGGCGAGGCUCCCACAUACGGUCUUAGCAAGUCGCUCCGAGAAGCUGGAUUCCAGCUGGGACGUCUGAAGACAGGCACCCCGCCUCGGUUGGAUAGGAAGACCAUUGAUUUCAGCGCCUUGGAAGUGCAGAAGGGUGAUUCGCCGCCCCAUCCAUUCUCUUAUCUUAACAAAACCGUUGAGGUUGGUGAUGAAGGCCAGCUCACUUGCUGGAUGACCCAUACAAACGAAGCUGCCCAUGAAAUCAUCCGCGCUAAUCUCGACAAAUCGAUCCAUAUUCGCGAAACUGUGCGCGGACCGCGAUACUGUCCCUCUUUGGAAUCCAAGAUCAUUCGAUUCAAGGACAAGACCCAGCACCAGAUCUGGCUCGAGCCCGAAGGCUUUGCGCCGAACGACGUCAUCUAUCCUAACGGCAUCUCCAUGACCGUUCCUGCAGACGCACAAUAUGCCAUGUUGCGAGUCAUUCGUGGUCUCGAGAACGUAACCAUGCUCCAGCCGGGUUAUGGUGUGGAAUACGACUACAUCGACCCGCGCAACCUCCGACCAACCUUGGAGACCAAACUGAUUAGUGGUCUCUACCUUGCCGGCCAAAUCAACGGCACAACUGGCUACGAAGAAGCAACCGGACAAGGUAUCAUUGCGGGCAUGAACGCUGGUCUCGAGUCGCAGAACCGCAAACCCCUCACCCUCAGUCGGGCCGAUGGAUUCAUCGGAAUCAUGAUCGACGACCUCAUCACCAAGGGCGUCUCCGAGCCCUACCGCAUGUUCACCACGCGUAGCGAGUACCGUAUUUCCACCCGCUCCGACAACGCCGACCUGCGUCUGACGCGCAUGGCCCGCGAUGCCGGUGUCGUAUCCGACAAGCGUUGGCGCCACUUCUCCGACACCGAGGCGCAGAUCCUAGAACUGCAAACUCUCCUUGGCAACACGAAACUCUCUUCGUCUGCUUGGUCUCGUAAGGGCUUCAAGGUGCGCUCCGAUACCUCGAUCCGCUCGGCACUCGACAUUCUGUGUCUGGACGGUGUCGAUAUCAACACCCUGAUCCCUAGCAUUGAGUCUGCUACGGGGACGGCAUAUACCUCAUCUUCGUUCGAGCCAGAAAUCCUCACUCGCGUCGCUAUCGAAGGCCGCUACGCGCCGUACCUCAAGCGCCAGGAGAAGAUGGCUAUGCGAUUCCAGCAGGAUGAGAACUUGCUGCUGCCGGCUGAUCUGGACUACAGUCAGGUUCACGGUAUCAGCAAUGAAGAGCGACAGUCCCUUGAGCGAGUGCGGCCUGUUAGUGUGGGCAUGGCGAAGCGCAUUGAAGGUGUCACGCCUGUCGGUGCUUUGCGAUUGCUGAUGCAUGUGCGGAAGGGCACUGGGUUCUCACCGUCAGGCUCCGAAGACUCUGAUGUUGAUGAAGUGCUCCGCUCAUCGCCUUGA